GUGUUUGAUGUUGGAUUGGAGAUUUGGCGUAAGCAUUUGAGCUGGAUUCAAGUUGAAUUCAUAGCAAUCUCUUUCCGAUAGUCUAUCAUUCUAGAGACAAAUAAAUACGCCCAACCCAACACAGUUGGUCCAUCUAUAUACUGUCCAUUGUUUCACACCUGUUGUUCCUCCUCAGACCACACAUUCCCCAAACCCUCCUCAACUUUCCCACCCAGAUCAGCAUCAGUCAUGGAGAAGAAUUCUUCCCUCUCUAUAGCAAAACUUAUGCUCCCAAAGAUGCCCAUGAUAGGAAAAACCCUCGUGUCCCACACUCUAGGCAUAUCCCCCCAUUCCACCCACUGGGAUCUAAAAACCGAGCUCACAGUCAACAUUCUCCGCUCUUUCCUGUGCGGCACCCCAUUCCCCAUUUCCAAAACCCAAGCUGCUACGCUGCAUGAUUCUGGCAUCAAAGGCCGGAUCUGGAUCUCUAAAGUCACGCUAGCAAUCCCCUCUGAAGAUGAUAUUCGUCAGAAGUUAUUCAAAGUCAUAGAGGAAAUGAAAGUCCCACUGGACCCUAGACAAUCACUACAAGAAGGAGGAUUCCAAAAACCAGAUUUGCUCCCCGUAGAAGGCGAAUGGACCGGGCAUCGCGCCCAUGCACCUAAAAAUGCCGCAAGACUUUCAAUUUCGGAAGCUCAACAAUAUAUUGAGAUGAUGAAAGAAGUUACUUCUCCCGUGACAAUCCUCUAUAUGCACGGGGGAGCACACUGGCUUCUUGAUCCCGCCAGCUAUCGCGGCCCAUGCAAGAAGUUAGCCAAAUUAACUGGCGGCCGAGUCCUCUCUCUUCGGUAUCGACUUGCGCCUCAGAACCCCUUUCCAGCUGCUUUGCUAGACUGUCUAGUCGCAUAUAUACACCUCCUCUACCCACCAGAAAACUCAUUUCACACCGCUGUCCCCGCGGAAAACAUCGUCCUAUCCGGCGACAGCGCAGGCGGAAACCUCUCAUUAUCACUUCUCCUCCUACUUCUCCAUCUACACAAAACAUCAACCCCCAUACUCUGGAACGGUGUAUCGCGACAUCUUCCAUUACCAGCCGGUCUAGCACUCAAUUCUCCCUGGACAGAUCUCCUGCGUUCCUCACCCUCCAUGGAGACAAACAGUAAAUACGACUACAUACCCCCACCAUCACUCUUUUCGCCUUCCCAUUCGAUCCCCUAUCCGCGGUGCAAACUCUGGCCUACUGCAUCUCCGCGAUCGAAUGUGUACUGCGAGGAUGCGCUGCUUAUGCAUCCUCUUGUUUCGCCGCUGGCGGCGGACGCAAGCGCGUGGGAGGGGAGUCCGCCGAUUCUAUUCAUGGUGGGCACGGAGUUGUUGAGCGAUGAGAAUAAGAUACUAGCGUGUAGAUUGGCGCGGAGGGGGGUGAGGGUGAGAUGGGAGGAGUAUGAGUGGAUGCCGCAUUGUUUUGCGUUGGCGCUGCCGCAUUUGAAGGGGACAAGGAAGUGUUUCGAGGGGUGGGCGGGGUUUUGUAGAGAGGUUGUGGAGAGGAUGAAGGUAGAUGGAGAGGGGGGAAAGGAGAUGGCGAAUGGAAGGGUAGAGACGAGGGGGGUGAUGAUUAGUGCUAAUGCUAAAGGGAUUAAGGAGACGAGGAUUGAUGUGGAAAGAUUGUGGGACGAGAGUGAUGAAAUUGUGAUUGAGAGGAUGAAGGAACAGGCGAGGAUAUUAGAAGAGGAGGGAAAGAUGAAGGAGCAGAAUGGGAGCGUAAAUGGAGGUGGAACUAAUAGGGCACGACUUUGAGUUUAUGCGGAGACGAAUAUAUAAUAGAAUAGAAACUAGUUUAUAUUCUGGUCUAAAGUACUUGAUAUCA